ACUGACGAUCUUGAAACCUGGUACAGCACAUUUUUGCCCACUACCGUUACAGACUUGGAUGAGAAACCACAGAUGGUUUAUUCAUACCGAAAUGUACUUAAGGGAUUUGCAGCAAAACUUAGUGUUGAGCAAGUGAAGGAAAUGGAAAAUAAAGAAGGGGUCAUAUCAGCUCGGCCUCAACGUGUGUUGUCUUUACAUACAACUCAUACUCCUAACUUCUUGGGGUUGCACCAGAAUUUAGGCUUUUGGAGAGGGUCAAACUACGGGAAGGGGAUCAUUAUUGGGGUUCUUGACACGGGGAUAACUCCUACUCAUCCUUCUUUUAAUGAUACAGGUGUGGACCCUCCACCGGCUAAAUGGAAAGGCAAAUGUGAAGUCUCAGGUUGUAAUAACAAAUUGAUUGGUGUUAGGAACUUUAUUAGCGGUAGUACUGGCUCCCCGCUUGAUGAAGAGGGUCAUGGGACGCACACCUCAAGUACUGCGGCUGGAAACUUUGUUGAAGGAGCUACCGCGUUAGGAAAUGACAAUGGUACUGCAGUCGGGAUGGCUCCACUUGCACACUUGGCAAUGUAUAAAGUGUGUGAUGAUUCUGGUUGUGCCGAGAGUGAUCUGUUAGCUGCUAUGGAUGCAGCUAUUGAAGAAGGUGUAGACAUGCUUUCUCUCUCGAUUGGUGGAGUAUCGUUUCCUUUUUAUAGUGAUUCAAUCGCUUUAGGUGCCUUUGCUGCGAUACAAAAAGGGAUUUUUGUAAGCUGCUCAGCAGGAAACUCUGGGCCUUUUAGUGCUUCGUUAUCCAAUGAGGCUCCAUGGAUUCUCACAGUAGGUGCAAGUACAGUUGAUAGACAGGUAAAGGCAACAGUAAAACUCGGGAAUGGGGCUUUACUAGAUGGACAAUCGGUUUUCCAACCUAAAGAUUUCCAAGGAGAUCUUUUACCCUUCGUUUAUCCAGGAAUGAGUGGCGACGAGAAUGCCAAGUAUUGUUUUCCAGAUUCAUUCAACACCACCGAUGUGAAAGGCAAGGUAGUACUUUGCCUCAGAGGUGGUGGUAUUGGAAGGGUUGCGAAAGGGCAGGUGGUAAAAGAUGCCGGUGGAGCUGCUAUGAUUAUCACAAACGAAAAGAUAGAUGGCGCUAGUACAAUAGCCGAUACUCAUGUACUUCCUGUGUCAUAUGUUGAUUACAAAGAUGGACUCACAAUUAUGGCAUACUUGAAUUCGACUCCAUCACCCGUUGCUACCAUUUUAUUCCAUGGAACUUUCAUUGGAGAUAAAUCAGCUCCUCAAGUGACCUCUUUCUCUUCGAGAGGGCCUAGCCAAGAAAGUCCCGGAAUCUUAAAACCUGACAUUAUUGGGCCUGGAGUGAGCAUUCUUGCGGCAUGGCCCGUGUCCAUUGAUAACACAACAACGUCUGCCCCAUUUAAUGUAGUUUCUGGUACUUCCAUGUCUUGCCCUCAUCUAACUGGGAUUGCAGCAUUGUUGAAAAGUGCACAUCCCGAUUGGUCGCCUGCUGCAAUCAAGUCUGCAAUCAUGACCACCGCUGAUUUGGUCAACCUCAACAAUAAACCAAUUGAGGACGAACGAGAGCAUCCUGCCAGCCUUUUUGCAGUCGGUGCUGGCCAUGUUAACCCGUCUAAAGCUGCUGAUCCUGGGCUUGUUUAUGACAUCCAACCUGAUGAUUACAUACCUUAUUUGUGUGGAUUGGGAUACUCAGAUGCACACGUCAAGGCCAUAGUUCACAAGGAAGUCUCUUGCUCAAAUAUAUCAGUCAUAACCGAAGCACAACUCAACUAUCCUUCAUUUGCCAUUGCAUUAAAGAGUAACGAAACAAAAACAUACACGAGGACCUUGACCAAUGUUGGGGAUGCUAAUUCAUCGUACGACGUCAGCAUUACUACAGCACUGGGCAUGGCUGUUAUGGUGUCACCUUCUACGCUCACCUUCUCGGCGGUUAACCAAAAGUUGUCAUACCUAGUGGCAUUCGCUGCAGAGAGACCUAAUCCAAAGAUUAAAUUUGCAGAAGGGGAUUUGGUAUGGAAAUCUGCAAAGCACUCAGUCCGGAGCCCUGUCUCCAUCAAAUACGUUUAA